AUGUGGCUCGAGCUUGACCCCCUGCGGAUGCACCACUGCCUACUGUCUCGUCAUCAAGCACUUGCUUCAAGGCCGCCGCGAUCCUCGAUUGCGACAGGCACCACAACCUUGGAUCAAUGCCGCCAGCCUCGAAACAUGGCUGGCCCGUACGGAAACAACACAGCCGCCUCAUCAUCCUCGCGCUCUCCCGAUCGAACCGCUCAACCGCACUCGAAUCCAGACGACAGCGACGAGUUGGACGACCUGUUCGACGACGGCAAUGACGACGAUCGCCAUGUCCUGGCACAGGACCCGAUUCAAGGAAGCUUAGAGGGACCGAUAUCAUUCAAGAGGAAACAGAAGCAAGGCAUAUUCUCUGCGCCCGCGCGCUUUCUGUCCUCCCUGACCGGACGACCAGGGAACGAUACGGCCAAUGCGACACCGAGGUCAACGACCCCCCGACCAAGCUUCAUGCUCGACGGCUUUGCCUCGACUGGCGCAGACGAGGAUAUCAGAGAGGCUUUCAACCGACCUGCGAAAGAUGCCUCGCCAACCGACUGGUACCACGAGGGCCCUGGGCGGAGAGUGGGCUACGAAGACAUGACGGCGAUCGACUGGAUCUUUGAAUACACCAAGGAGCGCCAGCGCUUGCGCGUGCUUCACUCGAGCGCCCACGGUCUCAUGGGGCUCUUCCGGCGAUUCGCGGACGCGAGCCAGGUCUGGCUCAUCUUGAUCCUCACCGGUCUAGCCGUGGGCACUGUCGCUGCGGGCAUCGACGUCACCACGGACUGGCUAGGUGAUCUCAAGACGGGCUAUUGCUCCAGCGGCCCCGAAGGCGGAGCCUUCCAUCUCAACAAGGCUUUCUGCUGCUGGGGGUAUGACGAGUCCUCGAAAUGCGCCGGUUGGACUCCCUGGGCCAAGGCGCUUGGCGUGGCGUCCAAGGGCGGGGCUUGGAUCAUAGAGUACAUUGUGUUUCUCAUCUUUUCAGUAUUUCUUGCCUUUUCAGCGGCCGUUCUGGUCCAGGAGUAUGGUAUUUAUGCCAGGCAUAGCGGUAUACCCGAGAUCAAGACGGUUUUGGGCGGCUUCGUUAUUCGCAGGUUCUUGGGUGGAUGGACUUUGGUGACAAAAUCUUUGGGCUUGCUGUUCAGCAACAUCAAUGACAACGAGGCUCGAAAAAGAGAAGUUCUCUCUGCUGCUGCGGCAUCUGGAAUCUCGGUUGCGUUUGGUUCGCCCAUUGGUGGCGUGUUAUUCUGUCUCGAGACAAUGUGGCAGAGUUUUGUCUGCGCCAUGACUGCCGCUGUCAUGCUUCAGGCUCUCGACCCCUUCCGCACCGGAAAGCUUGUCUUGUACGAGGCUGAGGUCAGCACAGAGUGGACGGAUUUCGAAAUCAUCCCUUAUGCCAUCCUUGGUAUCAUUGGCGGUAUCUACGGCGGCCUUUUCAUCAAGGCUAACAUGGCCGUGGCCCGUUGGAAGAAGAGGUCGACAUGGCUCCCUGGACCCAUUGUCCAGGUUAUUGCCGUUGCGCUUCUCACAGCCCUGGUCAACUUUCCCAAUUUCUACAUGAAGAUCCAGUCUUCUGAACUAGUGUCUAACCUCUUCGUCGAAUGUGGAAAACACUCUGAAGACAAGAUAGGCCUCUGCAAGACAGGCGCGGCCUCUGCCAGCACCAUUGUCCUGCUCCUGUUCGCUGCUAUUCUUGGCUUCCUUCUCGCGGCCAUCACAUUCGGCCUGCAACUUCCUGCCGGCAUCAUCUUGCCUUCAAUGGCCAUUGGUGCCUUGACCGGCCGGGCCGUUGGCAUUAUCAUGGAGAUCUGGGUCAAGAACCACCCCAACUUCUUUGCCUUUGGUUCCUGUGCACCCGACAUACCUUGUAUUACGCCAGCGACGUACGCCGUGGUUGGCGCGGCGGCUACCCUCGCAGGCGUCACCCGGAUGACCGUGUCCAUUGUCGUCAUCAUGUUCGAGCUCACUGGCGCCUUGACAUAUGUCCUGCCGAUGAUGGUGGCCGUCAUGAUCUCGAAGUGGGUAGGUGACGCGUUCUCUCGCCGCGGCAUCUACGAGUCCUGGAUUCACUUCAACGAAUACCCCUUCCUCGACAACUCGGACGCCGAGACGGCGCAGAUCCCCGACAUCCCGGCCGCACAGGUCAUGACCCGCAUCGAAGACCUCGUCGUCCUCACGGCGACCGGCCACACCAUUGCAUCGCUAACGGCCAUUCUCGACGCCAACCCGCACCGCGGCUUCCCCGUCAUCUCAGACCCCCGCGAGGCCAUCCUCCUCGGGUACAUCUCCCGCGCCGAACUCUCCUACAACCUCCGCUCCUCGGCCCAGCCCCCUCGCUCCCUGCCGCCCGAGACGGAGGCCUUCUUCACCCACCAGCCCAUGGCCGACCCGAGCGCCACGCUCGACCUCCGCCCCUGGAUGGACCAGACGCCCAUCACCCUGCCGUCGCGCGCGAACCUGCACCUCGUCGUGUCGUACUUUCAAAAGCUGGGGCUGCGCUACGUCCUCUUCGCCGACAGAGGCGUGCUGCAGGGCCUGCUCACCAAGAAGGACGUGUGGUACGUCCUCAACGGGGCGGACGAGACGAGGCGCACGGCCGGCACGUCUGGCCGCGACGGCACCGUGGAGACUGGCAUCGCCAGGGAGGACGGCGACGGCGAGGCCCAGGGCUUGCUGCGAGAGCGGAGCGGGAGCGAAGCCAUGAGUCCUGCGCAUGAGCGGGGGCCCAUGCUGUGA